AAAUAUUUUAAAUAAUUAAUCAUCAAUGGCCAAGUCUAAGAAUGCAACAAGUCAUCAUAAUGCCCGUAAGCAUCACAGAAAUGGUAUUAAGAAGCUUCCAAAUCAAAGAUAUACCUCAUUGAAUGGAGUAAUUAAUCCUAUAAAAUAAAGUGUAAUUAAAGAUUCGCAAAAAAUAGAAGAUUUGCUAUAAAGAAUGACCCAUCCAUCAAAAAGAAUAAGAGUGUUGAAACAAGAUUGGCUAAGAGAAAGGCUAACAAAAAUAUCCAUUGAUCAUGAAAUACAAUAAAAUUAUCAUACAUUAAAUUGCUAAAUUCAUA